UCAAAGCCUCCGAAGCGUUUUGUUGAUUGAUUGAAGUUUUUGUAAUUUUAACCUAUUAAAACAACAAUGUUUGAAGAAAAUUCGCGAAACCUUUGCCGAGCCUGUUUGACGGAAACGGGUGAAUUCCAAUCAAUAUUUGUGCCAGACGAAGAAACGGGGCUUUCAAUACAUCUUUCAGAAAUGAUAAUGGCUUUUGCUUCAGUCCAGGUAACACUUGGAGACGGUCUACCUGAAACGAUAUGUUCAACAUGCGCCAAAGAUACCGUAAAAUUGUAUUUAUAUAAAUUAAAGUGUGAAGAAUCGGAUAAAACGCUACGAAAUCAAUUAGGUAAAAGCCCCCCCAUAGAACCUUGUACAGCGGAAGAGAAACCUUGCGUAGAGGAUAACGAUAACGUGGACGUUUUUAACAUAGUGAUUAAGCCAGAAUUAAAUUCGGAAGAUUCGCAAAUUCAUCAGGAUGUGGAUGAUGACUAUGACGGUUUUAAUAUUCAAGAGAAAAGUGAUAGUGAUGUAGAAGCUACUGAGCUGAUUCCAAAUAACAGUGGAGAAUUUAAAUGCCCCCAUUGUCAUAAAAUAUUUAAUAAAGAAACCACAUUAAACCGUCAUGUUAAAACACACACAGCAAUUAAAGCAUAUAAGUGUAAUAUUUGUAACAAAUCCUUCUCUCGUAAUGAUUUGUUGUUACGACAUAAAAUAGCACAUGCAAUGAAAAUGGCAGAUCAGUCUUUUGAAUACGAUAAUAAUAGUGAUGAUGCAGAUCAGGAUGAUGAAGGUGAAACAGUGGUAGUCAAAACAGAAACUGCUUUAUAUCCUUGUGCAGAGUGCAACCUGAUAUUUGUAAAAAGGGAUGAAUUAGAUGCACAUGUACAGGAACAUAAAGGCAAAAGUGAUAUAAUUUGUAAAAUUUGUGGAAAAAAAUUUAGUAAACAGGCUCACCUCAAUAGGCAUAUGAAGAUACAUUCACAAAAUAAACCUUAUGUGUGUUCCACUUGUAAUAAAGGGUUUGUCAGAUCUGAACAACUUAACAACCAUAUGAACAUACAUUCUGGCAUUAAACCACAUGUUUGUGCUAUCUGUUUGAAAGGCUUCAACCAAAUAUCAAAUUUAAAGGACCAUAUGCGCACACACAAUGGAGAAAAGCCUUUCCUAUGUUCUACAUGUGGAAAGGGGUUCAACCAAUUAGGUAAUCUUCGCCAACACACCAUUAGACAUAGUGGCAUCAAAGCUCACCUCUGUAGUACAUGUGGAAAUGGUUUUGCAAGUAAAGGAGAACUAUCAGCUCAUCUUCGUAAACAUACAGGUGCUCGUCCAUUUGUGUGCCCCAUAUGCAAUCAUGGUUUUACAACUUCAAGUUCUUUAACAAAACAUAAACGAAUUCAUUCAGGAGAAAAACCAUAUGAGUGUGAUGUAUGUAAAAUGAAAUUUUCAAGGUCGGGGAUUUUAGCGAGACAUAAACGGACCCAUACAGGAGAAAAACCAUAUGUUUGCAAGUUUUGCACUAAGGCGUUUUCACAGUCAAAUGAUUUAACUUCACAUUUACGAAUUCAUACUGGUGAAAAACCUUACAUUUGUGACGUUUGUGGACAAGCAUUUAGACAAAGUUCAGCUUUAAAGACACAUAAGAAAACUCACAUUGACAGGAAUCCUAUACUGGAUACAAAGCCUCUCAUAGGGGUUUUGCAUGCGCCGUUUUAUAAUGUUAACAGUAUAAUGAAUGCCAAUUAAUUUUGUUUACACUUUAUUUAUUGUAAAUAUACGGAGUUUUACAUAAUAUAUUAGUUGUAAAUAUUAUCAAUGCCAGUGACAACAGCUGCAUUAUUGUUAUUUGUUUUAAAUAUAUUGCUCAAAAUAAAGUCCAAGGAGUACCUAAUUGAA